AUGCCCCUCCGCAUCGGCAUAAUCGGCGGCGGCAUGUCCGGAACGCUGCUAGCGAACGGCUUGCUCUCGCACUACCCGGCGUGCUCGGUAACCGUGUACGAGCGAGACGCCCCCAGCUCCAACCGCGAGGGCUACCAGAUCCGCCUAGGCGCCCCGGCGUUGGUCGGGAUGCGCGCGUGUCUUUCGCCGCAGAUGAAGGACCACAUAUGCGCCAAGUUCGGGCGCUCCGGCGGCGUCGUCUCUUCCGCGCCUAUCCUCUACGACGAUAAACUCAAUGUCCUGCUCGAUCUUACAAAGUUCCCGGCGUAUACGAAGAGUGCGCCCAUCAAUCGGGUGGUGCUGCGAGAGGCCCUGGCCGAGCCACUCAGGGAGAAGGGCGUUAUCAAGUAUGAUUGUAAAUAUACCGGCUACGAGGUCCUCGGCGAUCCGAGUGGGGAUGCGAAGGAGGUUGUCCAUGCUAAGUUUGAGGGCGGAACCGUGGUGGAGUGCGAUGUUCUCAUCAUCGCAAACGGGAGUGGCAGUGGUGCUAACAAACAAAUCGGCCUCAACAACAUCAAGCAGCUGACCGAGACGUUCGGCUGGCUGUCGAAGAGCCCACUGACACCAGAGAUCCUAGCGGGCCUUCCGCACCAGCUCAAGAAAGGCCCUAUCUCGGUGAUCCGAGACGACAUAAUCUUCUUCUCGUCGGCAUACCUCCCCGACAAGGAGGACUCCUCCGCUUCCGAGCGGAAAUCGAAAACAGCCAUGGAAGACAGCGAGAUCGACUUCGACUCCGCCUCGUUGAUGGUCGGGUUCAUGUGUCCCCGGAAACUGAUGGGGUCACUCGAUGAUAUACCGGCAGUCAAGGCCCAGUGCGAAGCCAUGAUCAGCCACUGGGAUCCACGGCUCCAAGCAAUCAUCAAGACCGUCCCGCCAAAAGAGCUCUUCAACUCGGUCCCGCGGAUCUCGCGGCAGCCACCGGCGGACUGGCGCAUGCGUGCAGCACGCGCACAUCCAGACGACAAGACCAAAGGCAACACGCGGGUAUGGCUGAUCGGCGACGCCAUGCACGCGAUGCUGCCAUCGCGCGGUAUGGGCGCAAACCAGGCGAUGCAAGACACCGCAUCCGCGCUGUCGGCGCUGCUCUUACUCAGCGCUAGUCCGACGAACGAUGAGGUCGCGCGUGCGUGCAAUGCGUACGAGAAGGAGAUGAUCCCGAGAGCAUUUGCUUGGGUCAGGGCGAGUGGGAAUGGUGAUAUCAGUUCGUUCAAGAUGCAGUGGUGGAAGGUCUGGUUCGUUUCCCGGCUGCUCAAUCUGGCCGGUGUCUGGGGGCGCGUGUUGAAGUUGGUCGGGUGGAAGCCGAAGGAUGAUGCGCCCGAGUUGAGGUAG